AUGAUGUUUGAAUUCAUGAGCAGUUUUACGCCAGCUGUGCCAGAUCCAAAGGUUCUUGCGGCAACAAGGCAGGCGGAAGCAUUGGAAAAUAUGCUUGCCAAAGACGCGUCCAAGGUCGCUCAAGUCUAUCCUUGGGUGGCUGACCUCAGAGCCUCCCGAAUCCCCGAUUCUGAAAUUGUAGAGGCCAUGAUCAAAACAGAAAAUGUUACAUGGAUGGAAGAUGCUCUGGACCUGGAGGGCGAAAAUUAUGGUUGGAGAGAAACACCGGAGCGCAAAGAGACGCCUCGCCAUCUGAACCACUUAGAGCAUGGGUGUGUUCAUCGUCUUCCCCGGCUUGCAGAAUCGAGCCAACGAAUUCCAUCCGAUGAGCAUAAGCCAGAGUCAAGUUCGUUUGCAAAUACUGUUGAUACUCUUGCUGUUUUUGCUCAGCGAGAACAAGUUGUCUUCAAGCAUUGUGGUGUCGGUGGCGUAUUGCAUCCAAACGUACGGGUUGGCAACAAUCACGGGUUGGUCAGCUUCCGACGCGAUCGCGCCUCUGUCAUUUACGGAGACGAGAUCGAUGACACAGACAGGACCUAUUACUGGCGGACCCCGUGGAGCUUUAGCCCAACACCACUCAGGACUGGACGCAUGCACCGACGGCUUGGUGAGCCGAAUGAAUGGAUUCAAUAUGCAAAGGACAGCGCCUGCUUAUCUUCUGGUCCUCUGGCUAUUGAUUGGACAUUUGAUCGCUUUGAUCUCCCUCAAAGUCCAUCCAAAGAAGAAGAGUGGCACGAAGGUUUGCUGAAAUACAAUGUUAGCAUUCUCAAGGAGUUGCUGCUUGCUAUGGAAGAACUGAACAGGCUGGGUGGAUGUUGCAAGUCCUUUCCCAUUUUCAUCAAGCUAGGCAGCUCCAGCAGACUCACUGCUGUCGACGUAGCCUUUGACAAUGUCCGGGAAUUUGUUCGUCAGUUAAGCAUGCCUCUGACAGAGACAUAUCCCCAGCCAGUUCUCCGAGAUGGGGAUUGGAGGCACGAUAUAUGCAAAUGGACUCGCAGCACUUUUAGUGAUUUGUUUGGCGAAGAGGGUGAAACUGACUUCCUCCUUUACCGGUCGACAAGAAUUAACGGCAUUGCUUUCUAUGUAAUGCAUAUGGCCGCUUUAUUUGCACAAAUCUUCUCCGUCGGACUUGCCACAUUCUGUCGAGGCCACUGCUCCGAUUUCUACUUGCCUGUACUGUCUCGCACAAUCGAAAAGUUUCAUCUCUUGGGUGCUGGGCCAACUGGACCAUAUGUUAUCGUCGAGAGGGCUGAGCUGUCUUGUCUGGGGGACAUGCUCCACAGACCCGUAUGGGUUUUCCGUUUGGAAGAACCCUUAUCGACGGGUUCGAACGAGUUUCAAAUGGCGAUCAUGUCCCAAGAGAGAUAUGACAUCCAAGCUAGACUCUCCCAAAUCUUCGAUAUCUGGGAUGCGAGCAUUGUAUUCUACAGGAACGAAGACGUCAAAUCUGUCAAAAUAAGCAUCGGGGGUGGCUUCCUCUCCCUCUCCAAGGCCCACGGGCCCUUACAUGUACCAGCCGAUUCAAUGCUCCACUGGUCGGCUAUAGAUGAUGGCGGCUCCUUGCCCAUCUCAUAUCUCGAGGACGACCGAAAUGUUAUUGUAGGUGCUGUUGCCGUCAAUGCAGGUUGCGCGCUGCGUUCCGAAGAUUGUCAACGUCCCCUAGCAAGCAUAUUGGUUGACCUCCGGACUCACCCAGGUGGCUGGAAGACAGUUUCUAGAUCUGCCGGAGGCACUCUCGGCCUUGGCGGAGGACAUGUGGCUCCUGCUACUAUGUCUACAACGGCCAGUGUCACACAACAACGUUUUGACCCGACCUUUGUGAAGGGGAGUCAAGUGCAACAGUGGAACAGGUCUUCCCAUGAUUUGACCAUCCUUAAUGCUCCGUGGGGACUCGAGCUCAGCCUUUGCACAGGUGUGGUACGGAGAGUGCCUCUCAGAACUCUCCUAAAUCAGACUGUAGUAGAUUACCUUCAGUCUAAGCUUGCCGCUAGAAAUAUUGGAGGCGACGCCCAAGCCAUCGCUGGAACGCUCGAUCGGAAUGUCAUCGAGCGAAUCCAACAAGCUGCCUCUAAUAGCGAUGCUGCUGCCAUAUGGACCGACCUCAGAGCCAAUCAUCCCGCUCAAUUUAAUGCCAUCGCAGUUGCCCUCGAGAACUUUGUCGACGCGAUACAGUGCUCGCGUGUUGACAAGAAGAACCUCUUGCUUUGGUGGCCCGAGCCGCACGGGUCGACCGAUAGAGGGAUCAAAUUCGAGCAAUCAUGGUGCCAGGGGGAUUCAUGGAUCCCCAUUCUAGAAGAUACCGAGACAUGCGCCAUCUUUGGUCUGGCGACAUGUACUUGCCUGACUUGCGUGGUUUGUAUGGACAACAGUGAUACAACCAGGGCUUGUCAAAAUCGCGACUGGUCAGCAGGCGCUCCAAGGCCACUGAAGGAGAGACAGCUCAUUCUCAAUACCGGUAUUGUCGCAGUGGGCGGAGCCAGAGCAAUCCCGAACCUCAGACUUGAUGAGCGACUCAUUCUCAACAGUUAUAAGGCAGAGAGACAUGUAUUUAAGGUCCGAGGGAUAACCGAAGGCGCUCCAAGCGUUCUUGAAUAUCGCGGCCUAUGGUCCCGUCCUGCUAUUGCAUUGUAUAACCUGUUUAACCAUAACAUCCAAAUGAGGAAUGUGCGUGAGAGCGCCGACUAUUUGACGACAGGGCUAGAAGUUCUUGUAGUAUAUCGGCAACCAUAG